UCAUUUUGCAUUUGUUCGCUGCGGUUGGCGUUUGGGGCUCCUUGUCAUGUCUGGCCGCGGAAAGCAAGGAGGGAAGGUGCGGGCCAAGGCCAAGUCUCGCUCUUCUCGUGCGGGGCUGCAGUUCCCGGUCGGGCGGGUGCACCGGCUGCUGCGCAAGGGCAACUACGCGGAGCGAGUGGGAGCCGGCGCCCCCGUGUACCUCGCCGCGGUGAUGGAGUAUCUGACUGCUGAGAUCUUGGAGCUGGCAGGCAACGCCGCCCGGGACAACAAGAAAACCCGCAUCAUCCCCCGUCACUUGCAGCUGGCCGUGCGCAACGACGAGGAGCUGAACAAGCUGCUGGGGGGAGUUACCAUCGCCCAGGGUGGGGUUCUGCCCAACAUCCAGGCGGUGCUGCUGCCCAAGAAAACCGAGAGCCACAAAGCCAAGGGCAAGUGAGCGUGGAUACUAAUCACCCCCAAAACCAAAGGCUCUUUUAAGAGCCACCCACAAUUUCAGAAAGAGCUGGGAAUCGCUCCGUGUCUCGGGGAGGUGGGGGCAGCUAGGGAAAAUGUUGUCUACUUUCUUUUGGUAUCCCUGUAUAACACUUUCUGAAACCUG